GUUUGUUCGAGUCCUUGCGGAAGUACUGACGUGUUCACUCCAGUUUAGCUAGCUAGGAAGAGCCGGUUAGUGACAACAGCGGCUGCAUCAGGCAGAAUGUCAGAAGGGGACAGUGUUGGGGAGUCAAUCCAUGGGAAACCAUCUGUAGUUGCUGCCUUUUUCACACGGGUUGGACAGAUCUAUCAGUCAUGGCUAGACAAGUCAACGCCAUUCUAUGCAGUGCGAUGGGCGACCACUCUACUACUUACUGCUGUCUACAUGAUCAGAGUGUAUAUACUACAGGGUUGGUAUAUAGUAACAUAUGCUUUGGGAAUCUACCAUCUCAACCUCUUCAUUGCUUUUCUAUCACCAAAAGUGGAUCCUUCACUGCUUGACGAAGAUGAGGGCCCAUCCCUUCCUACCAAGCAGAACGAGGAGUUCCGCCCCUUCAUCAGGAGGUUGCCCGAAUUCAAAUUCUGGCAUUCUGCGACAAAAGGCAUCGUUAUCGCCAUGAUUUGCACAUUUUUCGAUGCCUUCAAUGUGCCAGUGUUCUGGCCUAUACUUGUAAUGUACUUCAUCAUGCUCUUCUGCAUCACCAUGAAGAGGCAGAUCAAGCAUAUGAUCAAGUACAGAUACCUACCUUUCACACAUGGGAAGAGGACAUACAAAGGCAAGGAAGACACAGGGAAAGCUUUUGCUAGUUAAAGACUCCCUCUUAGCCUUCCCUUCCCUCUCAUUUGAAAUCUAUCAGUCACAGCUAAUGGGGAGUGACAAGGGUUAGAGAUUUAUUUUUUUCUUUUUUUUGUAUGUGAGACAGUAACAUGAAAACAUAACGUGAAAAGUACAGUUUUGAUCCAUGGUUCACAGUGUUCGAUGAGGAUAUGAGCAGCAUGGAUCAAAUUAAUCUGGGAAUUUUGCCUUUGCUCAUUAAGGGGUUGGGGUUUUUUUAUUUUGUUUUUUUUUUUUUUUUCACAUAAUCCCAGGUUUAGGAUUGGUUUGCAUUUGUUCAGUAGUGGGUGAAACUCAGUGCUGCCUUUUGCCUUUUUAAUCCCAUGGGGUAAGUAUAACGUUAUCAAGAAGGAACCACACUGAAAAUUGUAGUAAAAUUAAUUUUUUGGUUGAAAUUUUUGUUUUUCUCCACAAUAGUGGUGAUUUCAGUAAAUGUCCUUCUCCUAAAUGAAAUAAAUCUGCCAACUUUUGAUUAAUAUAUUGGUUCUUACUUAUUUGUAACAAGUUAUAUAUUGAAAGUCAGUAGUGUUAAUAGCAAAAUAACAUGGUUAGAUGUUUAAGAUGAAAUCUGAAGGAAAUGCAACAGUCUCCAAGUUGAAUCAUUUAAUCUUUAGUGAUAAAAGUGUGCAGCUGCUCUGGGUUAAGAGUGUGUCAGCCAGUCGUCCUCUGUACUAAACGCUGGCACUUUGAAGACUAGUCACAUUACACUUGAAUAUGCAUUCAUGACAGGUAGAGAAACAUGAAUCAUAAUUCAUCUUUUGAAAUGAUUACACUCAGCACAAUUGAUUGAUUUUUUUUUUUCCAGCCACCCACCACAUCACUGAAUGCAUAUUUCAAAGCGAAUGUCACUAACCCCAACCCAUUUAGUUUCCUGUAGCCUAUAGUCCACCUUUAAAUCAGUUUUACUUUUGGGCCUUGUAGAGUUUAACAGAUGGGAUACUGUGUCAUUGGGCACCCAACUAAACCAAAUUUUAAAAUCAUUUUAGGGGGCAUUUAGCUUGAAAUUACAAGUCUAUGUAUUUGCUUUACCUCAGAUUUUUACACCAUUAUGUGGGUAAUUAUUCACAACAUACUUUCUUCACAGUGCACAACCAGUAUUCAGUCCAAUUCAUAACAAGGCCUAUUCUUAACAUAAUUAAAGCAAUUCCAUGUUUACCCCAGUUUCUAUUUGAAACAUUUACCCAUCUGUGUUUCAAAGCUGGGGGUCCAUUUGGUUUGUGUAGACUAGUUGUUGUAGUCCUUUAUAAUCUGUGUUUACUUUGAAAAAAAUUAUGAUAAAUACAAUCAUUCCAAGCAAACUGUUGUUCUCUUUCUUUUGCAGAGGAAACAUAAGAAAACAGAGAUUGAGAGCUUUUAUUAUAACAAAUGGAUGAAGUGGGUGGCGAUCACAAUUUCUUUUCUAUAAGCCUGUUGAUUUGUCUGUUUGUUUUUUUUCCCCAUUUUUAUCAGAAUGCUGGGGAUUAUCUGUCAUUACUAAACUUUGAUCAGCACUGUAGUAAGGGAUCAAAACAUUUUCCUGUAAAAAGUUUGUGUUUCAAAGGACUGUCUGGAGGAUUUGUAUAUAUAUAUAUAUUUUAAAAUAUGAAAUUUUUUUGAGAUUAUUUUUGUUUUUUCUUCCAACCACCAUACUGUUUCGUACUUUUAAAUCCAUUUCAAUUGAAACUGAUGAAAGCAGAACUGGUUAAUUGGAUCCUGAUGAAUUAAACACAAUAUGUUUCUCAUGGAUUGCAUGUUCUUGUUUUCUUGUGCUCCAGUUAUAAAAAAAACAACAACUUGAUUUUAAUAGCUUAAGUGUAAUUUUUUUCACUCCAAAUGCUAUUAAAGAGGCUGUGUCCCUUCAAACAGUA